ACUUCACCCUAAAUGGUUUUGCCAGAAUCAAGACGAGACCUUGAGUCACUACAAGAGCGAGAUUCACGAUGUCCUACUCCCUCCACUCUCCUCCAUGCUUUUCCUCUACUACUCUGCGAUCACCCUCGGUUCAUGGCGUUUGUUGGCCGAAGGCGCUGGUUUCAAGAAAUGGGUUGUUCUGCUCUGCAACUAAAGCUAAACAGAGAAGAGGAGUGACCGCUCGCGGAAGCAGCGGAAUGAACCCAGAAUUUGGCGAAAGGCUGUAUCUUGGGAUGGAUUUUGGUACUUCAGGAGCCAGAUUUGCUCUUAUAGACAAGCAAGGCAAUAUCCAUGCUGAAGGAAAAAGGCAGUAUCCAGAAUACAUGAGUGGAGACACAAGGGAUUGGGUUUCCUCGUGGAAAGUUACUCUUUUCUCUCUCCUGGAAGACAUUCCGGUUCAUCUACGCUCAAUCAUUGCUUCUAUGUCGGUCGAUGGAACUUCUGCAACGACUAUGAUAAUUGACAGCAAGUCUGGAGAGACACUUGGAAGACCUCUCCUUUAUAAUGAAAGCUGUCCCGAUGCUUUGCCAAUAGUAAAGUCCUUUGCUCCCGAAAACCAUACAGUCUGCUCUGGUUCCUCUACUCUGUGCAAGCUUGUGUCAUGGUGGAACUCCAGUGCUGCCGAUAAAGGAUCUGCGGUGCUAAUGCAUCAGGCAGAUUGGUUAUUGUGGCUUCUGCAUGGCAAACUGGGAGUUUCCGAUUAUAAUAAUGCAUUGAAAGUUGGUUAUGAUCCAGAACUUGAGUGCUAUCCUUCUUGGCUGCAGUCUCAGCCGUAUUCUAAUGCUCUGCCUUCUGUCAUAGCUCCAGGAAAACCAAUUGGUCAUUUGAAAGAGGAUAUUGCUCAAAAACACGGUUUUCCAAAUGACUGUGUAUUGUGUACAGGGACUACCGAUAGUAUAGCUGCAUUUCUUGCUGCAAGGGCAACACAACCUGGAAAAGCUGUAACUUCAUUGGGUUCAACACUGGCUAUUAAAUUGCUGAGCACGCGGAGGAUUGAGGAUGCACGGUAUGGUGUUUAUAGCCAUCGCCUUGAUGAUAAAUGGCUUGUUGGAGGCGCUUCAAAUACUGGCGGAGCUGUUCUGAGACGAAUCUUUACUGAUGAGCAAUUAGAGAAAUUGAGUGAGCAGAUAGAUCCAUCAGAAGCAUCACCUUUAGAUUAUUACCCUCUUCAAACUGCCGGCGAAAGGUUUCCUGUUGCAGAUCCUAAUAUGAUGCCCAGGUUACUUCCACGCCCAGAAAGCGAUGUUCAAUACUUGCAUGGCAUGUUAGAAUCUAUUGCCCGUAUCGAGGGAAAGGCAUAUAGCUUGCUGAAGGAUCUGGGGGCUACUCCGGUGGAAGAAGUGUUGACAGCUGGAGGCGGCUCGAAAAAUGAGAAAUGGAUAAAGAUACGCGAGAGAGUGCUCGGCGUACCGGUGAGCCAGGCCAUCCAGACGGAGGCUGCGUACGGAGCUGCCUUAUUGGCUUUGAAGGGUGUGGAGGGGAACAUAUAGCCGAGUAUCAGACUAGCAACAGCAGGACAGAACAGGGAACAGAAAAGACACUCAAAAAUCACCUGUAAAGCUCACUUUUUCACGAGCGAGUUCGCUUUUUUUUUUGCGGUUAAGAAGCUGAGAGUUUGCAGUUA